UAACAUGGAUGAGGGAAGCCGUCGCAAAGGUUGACUCGCGUGAGCAUUUCCGUUGUCUCGCGUGCCGCCGCAGUCGGCGACUAUAAAAUUGCGCGCGUGCAGGGAGUCUCGGCACGUGCCUUUGCAUACUAACAACCAUUAGACCCUCUAUUUCGCUGUUGUUCUAAAAUCACGUGAGGUAAUGACUCUUCGAACAAUUCAGUGACUUAAAAAACGGCACGUGCUUCGAACGCGCUGAUUUGUGUUCCGUAGAGGCGCGGAAGUAAAGAAGAUUGGGUUUCGGUGUAUAGACCACGUGAAAAUCUCCAGAUUACACAUUAUCCUCAUUACGCUGGCUAUCUGAACAGACGUGACAGACGAAACAAUAUUUUCACCGUAAGACUACCAUUUCAACCAUGGAGAAUCUAUGCAAAAAAACACAGGUCUCGGAGCAGACUUCACACAAGAUCAUAGAAAAGAGACGGCGAGACCGGAUCAACUCCUGCUUAUCGGAGCUCAGUCAAACCGUUCCGGCAGCUUUCUCUAAACAAACAUCUGGAAAAUUAGAAAAGGCAGAGAUAUUAGAGAUGACAGUUGAUUAUCUGCGUGCAAUUCAAGCAACAGAAAUUGGUUUACGCUUUGAAAAUAGUGAAUGGUUUUCUUCGGACAUUUGGGCCGAUUUCAUGCAUCAUUAUCAAGUGGGCUACAAUGACUGCAUUCGGGAAAUCCAGCGCUUUAUGAUAGAAGUAGAGGGUUUAACGGUGACGGACGACAGAUGUGUCCGCCUUGUGUCGUACCUACAGACCCGUUUCCGACCGGAAUCCUCCGUUGCGGGGGGAGCGGCGUACAGGGACUUACUACAGCGGCUAGCGGUGACCACACAAUCCAGGCGCGGCAUGAUUUGUCCGGGAAACUCUACUGCAUCUCCUGUGGGAUUUCCAUCGUACUUUUCAGCAGGUGCUCGCCGAUUUUCGCCUUAUAUAUACCCGAAAACCUUUGUCAAUAAUUCAACUCCGGAAAUGUAUUGUGCCGGGGCGUUUCCGGUCCUUUCAUCGGCUUAUUCCACAAAUAAAAGAAUUUGUUCUUCAAAUGACAAUUUCAACGUGAAGCAAAAUGAAAUUAAUAUGUAAAACAUUUUGAAAUAAUUCAAUGAUUGUACUUAGCAUAUACAUGUAUAUAUUGCCUGUUUAAAGAUUUAUGCUUAUAAAUAAAAAAAGAUUAUUUU